UGAUGUACCCUCUGAUGCUGGAGGAGGAAAAACCUUUGCGCAAUAGAAAAGAAAAAGCUGUUAACCACAGAGUUUUUGUGCUCUUAUAGUGCAGCAUUUGGUUCCUGAAGAUCAGACAGACUAAACUCGUAGGUAGUUUGAUGAUGAUGAUGAUGAUGAUGAUGUCUAUCAGAAUGGCUUCUCUUCCUCUGAUAUUUCUGCUCAUUGUUCAAGGAGUUUAUAGUGCUGAUGAUGAGAGUGAUGUGAAUUACAGCCCUUCAUCCAUCUGUGCUCUAAAGGGUUCAACAGUGAUAAUAAACUGCACUUAUAAAUACCCUACUGGACACCCGAUCAAUAACACAUUCUGGACAAAGAUUAACAGUAGUGAUCCUCCAGAUCUGUCUGAGGACUCUGAAUACAGGCAAAGGAUUCAGUAUCUGGGAGAUAAACAUCACGACUGCACCAUGAGACUGACUGAUGUGAGACAGACAGAUUCACACAAAUACUAUUUCAGAUUCACCACUGAUAAAAACAAAUGGCUUGGUGUUCCUGGAGUGACUCUUAAUAUCACAGAUCUUCAGGUAAAUUCUUCAGGUAAAGAAGUGACAGAGGGAAAAUCAGUGAAUCUUACAUGUAAAAGCAGAUGCCGUCUGACUGACAGAUCAACAUUCAUCUGGUUUAAAAACACACAGUUAUUAAGUGAGAGAACGGACAGAAACAAUCAACUCAUCCUAAAGUCAGUAACAAGAGAGGAUACAGGCAACUAUAGCUGUGCUGUACAGGGACACAAACUCAUAUCACCUCAUCAAUAUCUCAAUGUCGUCUAUGCUCCAAAUAAACCUGUGAUCUCCAUCAAACCUUCUGGUGAAAUACUGGAGGGUGAUUCAGUAAAUCUGACCUGCAGCAGUGAAUCAAAUCCACCUGUUCAGAAAUACAGCUGGUUUAAGGGGAACAAAACAUCAUAUCUUGGAUCUGGAAGCACCUACAUCAUCUCAAAGAUCAGAUCAGAUCACAGUGGAAAAUACCUGUGCAGGUCCAGGAAUGAACUUGGACCAAGAUAUUCAGAAGUGACUUUAAAUGUUUUGUAUCCUCCAAAGGAGGUGACAGCAUCCAUCGGUGGAUCUGGUGAAAUCCUGGAGGGUGAUUCAGUGAAUCUGACCUGCAGCAGUGAAUCAAAUCCACCUGUUCAGAACUACAGCUGGUUUAAGGUGAAUGAAACAUCACAUGUUGGAUCUGGACAGUCGUACACUAUCAUUAACUUUAAUUCCAGUCACAGUGAAUGGUUUUACUGCGAGGCUCAGAAUGAAGUCGGAUCUCAGAGAUCUGCCGCUGUAUCAGUCAAUGUUAAAGUUGUCAGUCGUGUCUCUUUCUCUGCAACUUUGGGGAUUGGAUUUUGUGUUGGAGUCUGUGGAGCAUCAGCUUUUCUAAUUGUUGGGAUGUUUAUUUGCAGAAGAAAGAGUUUAAGAAGAAAAGAUUCUGAACAAACACCAGAGAAAGAUGAUGAUGCCAGUAAUGACACAUACACAGCCCUUGAACUCAAGAACAGAUCAUCUGAUCUGUAUGAUACACUUACGGUAAGUUUAAUUCAACUCAAUUACUCUGUAUGAAGAACAGAAACAUAAUCAUUUUGUUUUAUUCAUAUGACCAGUUUAAGAAACUUUUUGAUAAUCCAUCUUUGUCUGCAGCCCAAGCAAAGAUGCUGAAGUAAAAGGCAGAGAACAAAGAAACAAAUCUUUUCAUCUCUAAUGAUUGACAGAAAUCAUAAAAAUUGAGACACACGCUUAUAUUGUUUCAUUAGAAAAGUUUAACAAACAUUGUCGUGGAUUUUCCAGAUGGAAUAAUGGAUACAGAGAGAUAUGUAAACUAAUUUGUUUUAUUAAAGAAUUAUAUCAGACAGCAUUUAAUAAAACACUGGCUCAGCCUGGUGAUCACCAAAAAAAUGUGACAGCUGAAGUAACUCUCCAAACCCCCAAUUUCUAUUCUUAUAGUUUCAUUGCAAGCUUGCAACAGACAAAUUUCCUGUUUUUAACACCUUUAAAGAAUCCUACCUUAGAUCCUCAUGUGCAGAAUGUUUUUAUUAUUGUGGGUUUAUUUUGAAUCAUUUACAUAAUCAUCAUAAUCAUUUCAGAAUCAUUAGUUAUCCAUAUAAUUGUUUAUUUGAUUUUUAAAUAUUAUUUUAUCAUUAUCAAUUUCAUUAUUAUCAUUUUAUCAUUACAUUAUUGUUUAUUCAUUUAUAUUAUCUAUUCAUUUAUUCAUUCAUUCAUUAAUUAUGUUUAUUCAUUUAUUCAUUCAUUAUUAUAUUUCUAUAUUUUAUUAUAUUAUUCACUCAUUCAUUAUAUUUUUAUACUUUAUAUGUCUUAUUGAUUUCGUCUUAUAGUUCUCUCACAUUUGUGAAGUUUCAUGAUCUGUCCUGUCUGUGUGUAAACAGAGAUAGA